AUGGUGAGCGAAAGCGACCAAAGUCGCAACCUGUGUCUCUUCUCAGCCUCUUGCUUCCCGAUCUACCACCAUCAAUACCACUCACAGCCACUGUUAUCACCGUCUGCUGAAAGUAAAUGGUCAGUUUUAGCAACUCCUAUACAACAAGUAGCCCUUCAGCAUGUGUGUAGAUGCUUGGAACUCGUGCUCAGGUUGGACUGGAAUAUUGUAAAGGAUUACAACGGCUCAUAUUCAAUCAGUGCUUGUCGCAUGGUGUUGUGGUGUAAGACCAUCCAGUAUACUCUCCACGACAACGGUCAUGGAGAUCUUUCAGGUCAGCCACCUCAGGCGACCAUGAACCACCGGUAUACUCACCACUACCGGAAAGAAGAGAGAAAAGAGAAAGACAGAAGAGAGAGAAGAAGAAGCUGGGAGAGAAGAAGACGACCAUUGGUCGUUUACACUCGUGAUGCCCACCACGAAACACCACAAAGAUUAGGGUUGACUAUGGUACAAAUCGGUAGUAUUAGGGCAAGGAGCUUUGAUCGGUUGGAGAAGAAAAGAACGGCAGAAGCGUACCUGAUAAACGAGGAAGGAGCUUCGAUCGACGGUCGGAAGAGGAAGAAAUGGGUUGAUGUUGCUUAUUGGGGAGAAGAAUGGGCGCUAAAAGGGGAGAAGAAAGGGCACCGAUGGAAACUUUUCUCAUUUUCUGAGUCAGCUGAUCUCCAAGUUCUUUCCCAAUCAACUUUAGAUUUCCGAAUCAGACGCGAAUAG